AUGCGUUUGGAGCACAGGAGACCUACGGGCCCAAGUAGGACCCUCGACGAUGCUUCAAAGCGAAAAUUACGUGUGGAAUUUUCAGCAUCUCCAAAUCGGCCAGCAUAUCGACGGUCGCGACUUGCAACAAGGGCUCGUUUGGAAAACGCGGAUACCCAUGCUGUCAUUGCAAUUGGCCGCCAUAAGCCCACCUACACGAACGCGAACUUUCCAACAGAUGCAGAGGGGCGGACGUAUCACUUGGGGACAAAGGAGGGUGAAGUCGCGCCGCGGAUUCUUAGCGUCGGAUCUGUUAGUCGUGCCCAGUUGCUGAGCACGUUGCUCGAACCCCCCGCUCUUGGCAAGCCACUCUUCCAGCGCACAUCCAGUCGCGGCUUCCUCACUAUCACGGGUCGCUACGAGGGCCUGCCCGUGAGCAUCGUGAGCACCCAUAUGGGGCUGCCAAACAUGGAUUUCGUCGUACGGGAGAACCGGGCUGUCGUACGCGGGCAGAUGGCGAUUAUACGGCUUGGAACGUGCGGAGCCGUGCAGCGCCCGGCCAAGCUGGGUGACCUGCUCAUCGCGACCCACGGGUCGAUUGCAAUCCGUCGGGACCCCGACUACUGGACGUUUCAAGAGGAUUAUGACUCAGGUUACGACUCAUCGUCGUCGGCUGGAUCCAACGUCAGCAACGGCGGGGCCGGCAACGGAAGGUCCAACGGUGCCGCUGCGAACGGCACCGCGACGGCGGCAGUACGGAAGCCGUACGUGACGACGCUGCCGGUGCCGGCCAACCCGCAGCUGGCGGCGCUCCUGGCGGAGGAGGCUUCCCGGGUGGUGGGACGUGAUCGAGUGGUGGAGGGCCUUAACGCCAGCGCGGAUAGCUUCUACAGCAGCCAGCGCCGGGUGUCGCGCUGCGUUUCUGUCGGCUCCAUUAAAGCCAUCGGCAUGUGUGUGGCACUGGCGGAACGGUACUCCAACGCCUUCUUGGAGUAUCGGAAGUUGGAGGAGCUGGAGAUUGCGGGGGGAACUGCGGCGCUGAGGGCACUGGUGCACGUGCCCCUGGAGCAACCGCAGCCGGCCAGCGUUGCGAGCUUGGCGGAGGUGGAGGCGGAGGCGGAGGCGGCUUCCAAGCGGCUUGUGCAGUACGUGUGGGACGUAAGCGUGUCGUACAACACCAAGUACGAGAGGCCCUAA